AAUAAAACAAAAUGCUACAUAAGACCUGGAGAUUAGGCAUGAAACCAGCCCAGAGGUUUGGGAGCUCUCUGAAUCAUCCAAGAUUUUAUUUCUCAACGAAAGACUUUGCCAAGCAGCGAGACUUCCUAAGAGGCAUUGAAGCCUCUGUGCAGAAGAAAUGGGAUGACUUGGGUAUAAACGAUGUUGAUGCUCCUAAAGAUUAUAGUCACCUUAGUUUUGAAGAGAAAAAUAAUGGAAAAUUUUACAACACUUUUCCGUUCCCUUAUACUAAUGGCAGGCUGCAUCUUGGCCAUGCAUACUCUUCUUCUAAGAAUGAGUUCGCAACAAGGUUCGAAAGACUGAAGGGGAAGAGAUCUCUAUUCCCAUUCGCUUUUCAUUGCACGGGAACUCCUAUUGCAGCAGCUGCAAAAAGACUAGUAAGAGAAAAGGAAAUGUCUGGAAACUCUAAAAUUUCUGGAAAAAGUCAGAAGGAAAUUCUCAAGAGCAUGGGUAUCAAGGAAGACCAAAUCGUAAAAUUUGAAGACCCUGAGCAUUGGCUUGACUACUUUGUGCCUAAGGGCAAGGAGGACAUGCAAAUCCUUGGUUUGAAUAUUGAUUGGAGGAGAGCCUUCAUUACCACUUCGAAGAAUCCAUAUUAUGACUCUUUUAUUCGCUGGCAAUACAACCUUUUGAAAAGAAAGAACAAAAUUGUUUUCGAUAAGAGGCCAGCUAUCUACUCAAUUGUUGAUGACCAACCAUGUGCUGACCAUGAUAGAUCCGAAGGAGAAGGCGUUUUCCCAAAGGAAUUCACAGGCAUCAAGCUGAAAGUCUCUCAUUCAUCAGAAAAUCUCAAAAAGUAUGGUGAGGAGGACAUCUAUUUCGUGACAGUAACAGAAAAUUACGAAUUGUUUCAAGAAGCUUCAGCUUGCUAUGUUUCCCCUGAUGCAGAGUACGGAGUGUAUAAGAUGCCAGGAAAUCAGUUCUAUAUAACAUCAGAAAGGGCUAUGCUGCAUCUAGCUUAUCAAGGAUACACUGAGGAGUUUGGAAAAUAUGAGAAAGUAGGAAGUAUAAAAGGAUCCUCACUGGUUGGAACUUCUCUGAUCAAUUCAUCUUCUAAACAUAGAGUUCUAAAGACCUUGGCUUCCUCUGAAAUUGACAUGAGUAGAGGUACUGGAAUCACUUUCGAUGUAGAGCUUGAUGAACAAGCUUCCUACUCUUCCCAUCAAAACGAAGGAGAUUCCCACCAGAAGUUCCGAGGUACUAUUGGAACAAUGAAGAAUCUUGGAUUCACAUGGACAAACCCGCUCCCUCAAUUCCAAUACAGCACGAGUCAGAAGGAGCUAUCACAAGCAGCUUUAGAUGAAGUUAUUGAAGGCAGCUGGGAGUCUUGCAAGGACAAGGAGUAUUACAAGGAGCGUAUGGCUCACGGCUGCUUCUCUAGUGGGCCAUUCCUCAGCCAUUCUGAGGCAUCUAAGAACCAUCAACAAAUUGAAGGAAGCUUCCCUUAUUUUGAAGCUGAAGAAAGGGUAGUAUCAAGGAGUAAGGACGAAUGCAUCGUUGCCAAUGUUGAUCAGUGGCUCCUUGAUUAUUCCCACCCUGACUGGAAGAACUUCACGAAGGAGCACGUGUUCUCGGAUAACUUUGAAGCUUAUGCUGAUAACACUAAAAAAUGAUUUGAAGAUGCUGCUGAUAAGCUGGAAAAAUGGGGAUUCUCCAGAACUUUCGGACUAGGAACUAAGGUCCCAUGGGAUGAGAGAUAUGUCAUCGAACCUAUCUCAGAUGCAAGUCUUCACAUGGCUUAUCACACAGUUGCUCAUUUAGUGCAAGGAGGUGUCAUGGAUGGAAGUACUCCAGGACCUCUUGGAGCUAAGCCUGAAGACUUCAACGACGAUGUAUGGAGCUAUGUAUUUUUGGAUACUGAAUACCCAAAAGAUUGAGCUAUCCCUCAGGAAAAGCUUGACUUGUUGAAAAACGAGUUCAACUACUGGUAUCCACUCGACCUGAAGUGUUCAGGAAAAGAUCUCAUCUCCAAUCACCUUAUAACAAUCCUGUACACUCAUGCUGCCAUCUGGGAGAAGCAAGAGAUGAUGCCAAGAAGUAUGUUCUGUAAUGGAUUCAUGCUAAUUAACGAUGAGCAAAUGGCCAAGAGCUCAGGCAAUUUCAUGACUGUCAUCGAUGCCUGCAAGAAGUACUCCUCAUCAGCAACCAGAAUGGCUCUUGCCGAUUCUGGAGAUACUCUUGAAGAUGGAAAUUUCAGAGAAAAAGUAGCUAAUGAUAGUAUCGAGAUGCAAUACAAGCUAGGAAACUGGAUUUCUGAAGAGAUUUCCAAAAUCAACCUGGAAGGAAUUGACUGGGAAAACUAUGGAUAUAAUUUUGAUGAGUAUGACAACUUCUUUGAUAACGAAAUUAACAGGAUCAUCGAUGAAACUUAUGAGAAAUAUGAGAAAAUGGAGUAUAAAGAUGCCUUGCAGCUCUCAUUUUUCGACCUGCAGAAGCUCAAAGAUGAGUAUUCCUCUUUGAAGAAAGGAGAAUUGAAUGAUUACUUGGUGAUGAGGUUCAUUGAAGUACAGCUGUUGCUAAUCUUGCCAGUCAUCCCUCACUUCUGUGAGCAUUAUUACCAAAAGGAGCUUCGUCCAGCUCUUUUGAGAACCCAAAAUCAUAAAGAGUAUCCUAAAUUAAUUGUGAACGCAAGAUGGCCGAAAAAGACUUCAGAGUACGAUCAAAGCAUGACAAAGGUAUUUAACUUUGUUAAAUUCUGAACGACUGAAUUUGGACUCAUGAAAGACAAAAUCUCCGACUUCGUUGAGAGCCAGGACCUUCAGAAUACCACCUCUAGUGAUGAUGAAUCAGAAAUUUAUGAAGGUCUGAUACAAUAUUAUGCUAAGAAAUACUCAGAAGAGCGACUGAAGGUUGGCAGAAGGAACCUAAAAGCCAAUUGUAAUGAGCCCUCGUCUAGUCCAAGACAAGGCGAAUCAAAAUCAAAUAAUACAAGAGAUGGUGAGAUCGUCUCUGUUCUAAAUAGCAAGAACGAGGAUGGAUCCAUUUUCGACUCUCCCAACACGAAAUAAAGGAUUUUUCAGGAGAUACAUUAUUCUUCAGAAUACAAAUAACUUAUCAUCAUAAUAUGUUUCAUUAAAA